GGCGAAUAAAAAAUCGGCAACAUAUGUAGAAGAACCGUGAGUUUUCCUUCGACACUCACAUGAUAUGAUGUUAUCUUCGUGAAUCAGUUCUAGCCUGACAUAUAAAGUGUUCCAAUGCUGCGCUCUGGACUAUUUAUUUGACAACCGGCCUCCACAUUAACAAUAACGAGAUUCAGCAAGUUCCAGAUUUUCGAGAUCAACUCGAUUCAACAUCUUUUGUGUUUACAAAUCAAUCAAAUUUAACGCAACAUGGUUGAGCCGACCGCGGUUAUUCGGGCGGACCACGUCAACUGGCGUUGCAACCAGCCACUCGAUCGAACCCUGAGGUGGUUUUGUCGCUUUGGCAACCCAAUGACCCUCGUUUUCUGCCAGGAAUGUUGUGUGGCCCGAUAUGUCGAUGCCGAAGCUCUCAAUGCUGAUUGGGAAAGGAUUGGAGAGCUUAUAUUUAUUGAUAGGGACGGUGUGGAGUGGUGGCAGUAUGACGAAGUGGUGGAAGAAGAGCCUGUAGCCUAGGUGAUCGGAGAGGAAGAUGAGUUCUUACUAACGGGUACUACCAAGAAGAACAGAAAGAUUGGUUCUGAAAAGCCUUUUAUGUUACGCAACCAGAGUUCUUAAAGUACCUAGGCGUCGUUGGGUUUCCUCUCCAGCUGGUCAUGUCUGCAUUGUAUGGCAUCACGUGACACCGCGCUCAACGG